ACGAGGGUGCUAUCCUGCAGAGGAGCUCAAGUGUAACACAGAGGAGGAGACGGACGAAACAGAAGACUGCAUUUGCCUUCCCCCCAGCUGCUGUGCCUGAACAAGUAAUCAUGGGCAAAAACCUGCUGAAGAAUCCCAGUGGGGAAGAGCAGCUGGAAUUCUGGGACCUGACAGAGAACGGUGGGAGUCAGUGGAAGGUGGAGGACAUGCCGGGAGACUGCGGAUACGACUUCUGCAUGGACGGAGUGACCACAUACUUUGCAACCUCCUUCGAGCUGUGUCUGAAGAGACAGGUGAUCGACCUGUUAGCGGAGGAUUACUCCAGCGAACAGCUGGACGCUCAGCCGUCCGUCACAGUGGACGACUGGUACUGCGGGAGGACGGAUUCUGGCUGCACCUACCAAAUGGCCGUGAGUCUGCUGGAUGAGAACCAAGAGGUCGUAAAGGAGUUCAAACCUGAGCCGGUGACCCUCGACCCCGACACUGACGACUGCUCGUGGAAGCAGGUCAAUCAUACAUUUACCGACUACGGCCCCGGUGUGCGUUUCAUCACCUUUGAACACGGAGGACAAGACACCAAGUUCUGGGACGGUUGGUUCGGCGUCCGAGUCACCGGGAGCUCCGUUACGGUCCAGGUCUGAACGAGAGGAAAACGGGGGCCAAAAGGAGACGUGGAA